AUGGCGCCUAUAUUCAAGAUUGCUCUUUGCCAAUUUAGCCCGAAGCACCCGUUCCAGGCCGCUGCGGUGGCGGAGAACUUUGCUAUUGCAGAAUCCUUCCUGCGAUCAGCGGCUGUGAAGGGAUGCCACCUCGCUGUCUUGCCAGAGUUCCAUCUCACCUCUUGGGAGCCUGAGCAUCCUGAUUUCUUUGCCGCUACUAUAGAAUCGAAGCCAUACUUGGCCAACUACCAAGCACUUGCUCGGGAACUCAAUAUCAAUAUCGUGCCUGGUACCAUCUGCGAGGCGUAUCUCGGCGACAGCGGCAAAGAGGGUCUACGCAAUGUGGCCUACUUUCUGGCUGCCGGAACGGGCGAGAUUUGCGGGUCUUACCAGAAGAAAAACCUUUGGCAUCCCGAACGGCCUCAUUUCACCCCUGGUCGAGCUCCUCACCUGGCGUUCGACACUCCCUUGAGACAUGCUGACGGGCGGCCUCUGCGGGCUGGGUUCUUGAUCUGUUGGGACCUUAGCUUCCCCGAAAGCUUCCGCGCCCUGGUUCGCGACGGAGCUGAUUUGAUCAUCAUUCCGGCUUUUUGGUCCACAGCUGGCGGCGAGGAUGUUCGCGGGCUUAAUGCUGGUGCGGAGGAAACCUUUCUGAGCAGCGUGUUGACGGCGAGGGCUUUUGAGAACAACGCCGUAGUUGCUUUCUGCAAUGCGGAUGGGCUUAGCAGGGUCACUUUGCCUAUCAUGGGCGCCCUGGGGAGUAUCCCGCCAGGCGAAGACAAGGUUGAAGUGGUUGAUGUUGAUCUUGACGUCCUACGGGUCGCCGAGGAGAGGUACAAGAUCCGCAAGGAUAUGCAGAGCCUGGACUAUCACUAUAAAUAA